AGGCAUCAUUACAUAGAUACUCCUCCACAGAGACCAUGAAAGCGUUCAAGGUUGUUCCUGUCCUCCUUUUGCUGAUUUAUACCGCUGCCAGCAUCACCAGAUGGCCUACACACACAAUCUGCAAGAACAAUAAUUUGGAAGUAAAGUACAGAAGCUGUGAUCCUCUGCAAGAUCUUGCUUUGGGUGUUGACAGUUGUUCCUAUGUACCAGGCAUAGUUAUUAACAUCCGAAUAGCAACUAUUUUAAGGUACACCAUCAAUGAACUCUCUGUGGAUAUCAGUCUUAUUCUUAAUGGACAAACUAUACCAAUUUACGCCAAACAACUUUGUGAGCAAAAUCACCCAGAGUUUCAAUUCUGUGGAAAGAAGAAAGGAGAAUAUAUUUACUAUGAAGGGCCUGUCUCCCUGAACAUGGAAGGCAUCCCACAAGGAGAAUUUAAUAUAUCUGCGCAGCUCUUCAAUGAAAACCGUAACACAGUUGUUUGUGCUGAUUUUUUUAUCAGGAAUCGCUGAGAAGAUGCUGUUUGUUGCUUUUUGAGCUGGUAUUGCCUAGGCCAGUGUUUCCCAGCCUUGGGAACUUUAAGAUGUGUAGAUUUCAACUCCCAGAAUUCCCUAGCCAGCAUG